AUGAUCGGUAAUCCAAUACAAGCAAAUGAAAAACGUAUCAUAUGGAUUGAUGGUGGUAAUCAUGCACGAGAAUGGCCAGCAUUUCAUACGGCUACAUUUUUUAUUAACAAGCUUGUAACAGAAUAUGGGAAAGAUCCGGAAAUUACGAGAUAUGUUGAUAAACUGAAUUUUUAUAUACUUCCGAUACUUAAUCCGGAUGGUUUUGUAUUUUCUCGCACAUCAAAAUCUUCUUUGAUUAGGCAUUGGCGAAAAAAUCGUGCUCCUGAAAAUUGUACCGGUAGUAUACUAUUCAGGAAAAAUUUAUGCUGCGAAGGAGUUGAUCUCAAUCGAAAUUAUGAUUUUGGUUUUCAGCAAACUUUUUAUCCAUUUAAUAAUUCAUGUUCCGAUGAAUAUCAAGGACCAUUUCCAUUCAGUGAACCGGAAUCACGAGCAGUGCGAGAUUUUAUCACAUCAAAUGAGUUACGAUAUAAAACAGAUGCAGUUAUAAGCAUGCAUACUCAUGGACAACUUAUCAUUCUUCCAUACAAUCAUCGCCGUAAAGCAUAUCCUAUCGAUUAUGAUGAUUUGAUGGCUGUAGCUCAAAAGGCAAAAAAUGCAAUAAAAAAACAUAACGGACAUGAUUAUAACAUUGGUACUGCUGCUGAUAUGCUUGAAGUUCUCGUUGGAUUUUAA